UAGUGGGCGGUCAUUUUAUUUCCUCAACUAGGAAGUGAGCCACUAGUUGGGUGUGAAUGAACAGUUGCAGGUUGAAUGUUACUCUCCUUUAGUUCACACGUUGUGGCGGGCCACCACGGCAGUCUUCAUGUCUGGAGGUUAUUAAAUUAAAAUAGCGAUGUCUCCUGAUGAGCUGGUUUAUUUGGGAGUUCUUGCUGCCUCCGUUCCUGUUGGGUUCUUCUUUCGUUACCUCAGUCCGUCUGUGAAGCAAGCGGCGGCUCUUCUUCUGGGCCUUUUCGUCACGGUGGCCUUGUGUCACAUCCACACGCUCCACUCUCUUGUGACAGUGAUUGGAACAUGGAUUAUUAUCAAGAGCAGCUGGCGGCAUGCUCCGGCACUGACUCUCAGCUGGAGCUUUCUCUACCUGUUGUUUUUCCGUUUGGUCACUUGGGUUAAUCUGCCAGCACCAACGCCCUUCACCAACGCCGUACAGCUGAUUCUCACUCUGAAGAUGGUGAGUCUUGCCAACGAGGUGCACAGCUUCCACACGGAGAAGAAGAGAGACCUGAGCUCCUUUGGGAAGUCUCCAGUCGUUGGCGGUCUGUCCCAAGAGCCGUCCCUCUAUGCCAUUCUGUCCUAUAGUUACUGUUAUGUUGGUAUAAUUACCGGCCCGUUUUUCCGAUUCCAAACAUUCGUCGAUUGGUUGAAUCAGCCAAAGCCGCUGGCUCUGCCCUGUUUGGAUCCAUGUCUGCAGCGUUUAAAGAUGGUUCCCGUCUACGGUGCUCUGUUCCUGGCUGUCAACGCCUUCUUCCCCCAAGGCUACGUCCGCACAGACGAGUUUCUGGACCAGAAUCUUUCCUACAGGCUGCUGUACAUGGUAGCGGUAUUUUUUGUGUUCCGGAUGCGGUUCUACGUUGCGUGGUGUGGCGCUGAGGCGGGCUGCAUCAGUGCAGGACUGGGCUGCUAUCCAGAAAAAGCUCUUUCCAAACCUGGAGGCGGACCCACUUUCGGCUACAGCGCCGAUCCAUCCGCUGAAGAGAAAUACGACUUCAGAACCAUCCAGAACAUCGAUUGCUACAACACCGAAGUCUGCGUGAAGGUCCGACACGGCAUGCGUUACUGGAACAUGACGGUGCAGUGGUGGCUGCAUCACUACAUCUACUCCAGCGCCCCCUUCAAGUCCUACACACUCAGGGCUGGCUGGACCAUGUUCAUCAGCGCCUACUGGCACGGAUUACACGCUGGCUACUACCUCUCCUUCCUCACCAUCCCCCUGUGCAUCGCUGCAGAAUCCGCCAUGGAGGCCUCGGUCAGAGCUAAGCUCGGACCGCGCGGCCAGAGCAUCUUCGACUGGAUUCACUGGUUCCUGAAGAUGAGGGCGUAUGACUACAUGUGCAUGGGCUUUGUGCUGCUGAAGGCCUCCGACACCAUCAACUACUGGAUGUCCGUCUACUUCGUUGUGCAUAUUGUUGCUGUUUGCUGUAUAGUGGUGGGCACGGCCUUAAAGGGAGGAAAGCGGGGGGUGAAAAGUGAGGGUGAAAAGACCGAAAGUGUGAAAGAGAAAACUGGAAAGAAAACCGACUGAAUGGAGGUCCAGAAAAAUGCUUCUCGGAGCUACUUUGAGACAAGCUGGAGUUCAUUUAAGUCUCCUGUUGUUGUUUUUUUUAAAGAAACAUUUCAUAAGUCCAAGGUCUUCAUCAUCAGGUCUGUGUUAGUAAAAGUACAGAUAGAUGUGUACGUGGUAAAUCCCAGAGGCAAAAUGCUGUCAGUGUUACCAUGACACUCCUGCAAACUUCAUGUUUUUAAUCUUACCUUCUAACGGACUCUUAAAGAGGCAGGCACUUGUUAAGAUUACAGCACACAGUUACAGUCUAAAUGGUGAAAAAUACUCCGGUUGUGACGGGAUUCAGUGUUUUUGAGCCUUUCUGAGACAGACUGAGUCUUUCUAAAAAUAGCUGAGUGUCGCUUCUGUGGCUGUGGAGUAAAACAAUCUUUAUUGGCCUUCAAGAGUUUCAGCAAAACAAUUCAACACUUUCAUUUGUUUUCUUGUGAGCAUUUCUUUGAUUAACUUCAAGGUGUGGAACACUGAUAACCGAUUAUUUAAUGAUUAUGUCUGACUCUAACGGGUCACUCUGAAUGUUUCAUGCAGACUGAACAUGAAAAUAGUCUCCUACACCUAUCUCCUGCAUUAGCUUCUGAUAGAAAACAGACGGUGAAACUCUAGGAUUAGAAAUCCUGACAGAUCUACGUCACACUGUCACUAACAUUCAUGGACUCACCCAUCUGGACUCCCGACGGGGAAGGCUGUUGUUGGUUUAGCGUCCAGGAAACGGCAGAGAACGUCUCUGCUAGUAGAAGCUAGCUGUUAGCAAUAGCAACUCCACCACACAGCAGAACUCCUCCAGGCUUGUGUUAUUGGUGGAGAUAAAACAUCAACGUUGCAGAGCAACCAGAGUCAGUGAUAGAGUCAUGUUGCUGUUAGCCAAUCAGAGGAGAGAUGUCCAAAUAUCAGGAAAUAAGAGCCCAAAUCCUGCCUUCUGAAGCUUAUUUUCUCCUCCAGGUGGCAUUUGAAGACCUCCCACACACACACACAUACACACACACCCCACCCGAAUACAACUUACAAAGCAUUCGCUCCUACUGGAGACCACUGCAGAUGAAUUGAUUAAACCAGUGUUCCACCCCUUUAGUUCCAGGUAAAACAUUUCUGUUCAGAGUUCUUCUGCAGUGUUUAAAAGGUGUCAGCGGUAGCUUCAAUUAGAAGAAGAUGAAUUACGACGAAGAACACGAGUCCACACACUGCCAAAUGUCCUCACUGCCAUCAGGGUUCAGACCAAAUGUUUCAUAUUUAAGGUUUUUGUCUCUUUUUAAGCUACUUUUUGUUAAGGAUGAUGCAGCCGGGGCUUGGCGAUCCUCGCAGAAGGAUCAGAAGUUUUAUCUGCAAAUGUUUUCUGUGUUUUAUGUACAAAGUAGAGUUAUUUAUGGUUUUAAACCAAAAACGUGUUCCACGAUUAGACAUUUCCAUAAUUAAACACUGUCCUUACUUCUAUUAGUAAUAAUUAGGAGUUUUUGAACCCGUCAUGAACGCGUCACCAAGCCGUGUGUGAACUUGUUUAUGACUAAAGUCGUUUGAAAUGUUUGCAUCACGACUCCACCGUACCACUGUGCACUGCAGUACCGCGUGUGUUUGUGGUAUUUGUUUAUUUAUCUGCCUUCUGUGUGUUUUCUGGGUCAUUCCCAUAAUGCAUCAUUUCUGAAUGGUGACAGGUUUACAUGUUAAAAUAAACGGUCAGCAUUU